UAUUUUGUGUUGUUAAUGUGUUAUAUUACUGGAAUAUACUGCCCAACACAAAAUGUGUUAAAUUAUUGGCCAAUCCCUGGUGUCCUGGAUGAGCCGUUACCCUGAGAAGAGAAGUUAUUUUUCUCAGCACUUCAUUUUAUCUUGGCGCGCACUUGAAGAAGUUGGAAGGUGGCACUGGCACACAGUGGAUGUAAAUGUCUGAAUAAAAGGUAAGGUAGACCCAUGUCUUCAGACGUAUUUGUUAUGUUUAUUUUAAAGACUGUUGCAACUUGCAAUAUUGUAAAGGUUAAACGAUAAUAAACUAAAAUAAAGUCCAGCAUCGAUUGUUAGCCAAGUAGCUCUAGCAGCUAGGUUAUUGAUAAGCAAUCGUUAUGCUAGACUAGUCCAUGUUAAGUCAACCCUGACCUUACAUUAACACACUUUGAAAAACACUGCCAUACAUGUAGAAACUAAAAUAUUCUAACGUUAUGUCAACUCGUAUUACUAUGUGGGUAAAUCCGCAUUUUGGGUAAAGUUUUAGCUAUGGACAGCUAACGUUAGCAAGCUGACCACAUUGGUAUGUAUUUUAAGAUAGCUAAUUCAGCUAGCGAAUUCGGUGGAAAGCAGCUAGAAUGCUAACGCUAGAAGCUAUGAUUGCUAACAUUACAGGCGGGAAACCUUGCUUUGUUCGUGGGAACUGGUAUGACCUUGUAACAAGGUAUGAAAUGCUAGGGCUCAGGAUGUCAAAACUACAAACUACUAUCUACGUUACACAUUACGAUAAGUUACAACAAUAUCUAACGUACUAACUACUAUAAAUCAUGAUAACCACCGUUAUUGAUUUAAUUCACUUAACGUUAGUUGCAUAGAUAACGGUGACCGUUUUAUUCCGAACAAUCGGUGGUUACAAGCUUUAAGUGACAGUCAUAACAGACAUAGAACCUAAGGUCAGGUAACGUGAGUGUAGUCCUGUUUUUUAUAUGCCGUUAUAUCGUUAUUUCGUUAUUUCGGCUAUUUUAUCGCCGAUUUGAUCGCAAAUUGCGUUAUUUCCUCCCGCCCCGAGGGUCUCUAGCCCCUAUUACAGCCUUUGAAAGAUGGGAUAUUUCAGGGGAGGCGAUCGCUCCCUGUUUACAUCUGGAACAUUCGCGCGACACUUCCAAAAGGCGGACCUUUAUUAUUAUUUUCUCAAAAGGAGGACAAAUGAGUGUCCGGCUUAAGGCUGCUUCUGUAGCCGGACAGGGCAUUUAAAAGCCGGACUGUCCGGCCUAAAGCCGGACGAAUGGCCACCCUAGCUCCAGGACAUAACAUUAGAACAUGUUCUGUAUAAUCUACAAGUUAGCGAUGUUGAAUUAACUCAAUGCAUUUACCGCGCUGCCAAGGGAAAACACAUUUGUAUUCCGAACGUGACACUAACCUACAAGGAGACAUGGCGAUGCCGAAAUCGCUUGUUACCAUAUUUCUGGAUGACAAGGAAAUCAGCAAAAAAAUAUUUCAGCUGGAGUCUGUUGAAGAGAUAGUAGAUGACUGCAAAUCGAAUGCAACACUACUCCUUAACAGUGAACUCCUUGAAUGUGACAGAAUUCUCAAAUUCUCCCCUGAAUUUAAUGAAUUCAUUGAUAUAGACUGCCAUGACUUUGUUCAACACAUGGACAAGUUCCAGGUGUUUUUCAAGACACGUGAAGCAUCAAUGUUGACUGAACAGUCGGAUGCAGUUGAAACAAAUCAAAUCAGGGAUCCCAUUGGUGUUGAAACUCUGAGAGCAGUUCUUGUGAGGAAAGGUGCAAGUGUUCUAGCAGAUUAUGAGGCCUCUGGAACACUCUCAGAGUCUUCAAGGAAACUCCUUGUUAAAAUCGCUGUCAGUGAGUUGAUUGAGAGGAAGGGAUUUUAUCCACAAAGUGAAGACAAAUCCAAGUUGGCCAGAUCUAUGGUAGCACUUUUCCCGUCACUCAAAAUCAAGAUGGGAGAGGAGAAUGAGGGAUUUGAACAUUUCUAUGACCCCAUAUCCCACAGUGGAUUCCUUGAGAUCCGACUCCGAAAUCUAAGGAGGAAUCUUCAAGAUGAUCAACGCCGUUAUCAGCGCAAGCGUGUCAAGUCCACUGAUAACCCUAGAGCGUCCAUUAGGGUGGAAAUGCCUGUAGAAGGGGAUGAUUCAGUCAACGAAUGGAUGACGGUUAUAAAAAGAAUGAGACCGUGUCAGGAAAACCUCAGCACCAUCAAAGAAGCCAUGGACAAAACCUAUGCUAGCCGAAGGUUGUGGAUUGCUGCUAGACAUCCAACGUUGGAGGAAUUUUUUGCAGAGUUUCCACGCUUUGUGGACAUGCCAUACAUGUUUCAUGUUACAGAGCUCUUCAUAAGCUUGUCCAUCUGCUGCCCCCCACUGCAUCAGGCAGGGGCAAAGGGAACACCAAAUGCAGUGUGAAGUCAGCUUUGGGCUACCUUUUGGAUAUAAAGCCGACUGGAACCAGCAUUUCCAGUGUGCUGAACAAUCCUCCUGAUAGACCAGUAGAACAUCGCCAGCCCCACUUGGUGUGCAUUGGAGAUCCCUCCGCCUCCGCCCAAUACAUCAUUGUUGCAGAAAACGACAAACUUGCCAUUCCUCUUAAGGAUAACGGUUUGACCUGUGCCAUUGACAAACUUUUCAAAAUGAUUUGGGUGUGUAAUGUUGCAUAUCCUGUCCAGCUCACUUCUGUCUUUCAUUUCUUUGAGAGUCUUUAUGAAGUGCCCCUCUCUGGUGGGAAGAGAGCUAAAGUUGUGGAGCUCAUUGCAAAGCUCCAAACUAUGAUGUAGCCAGUUUUACAAACAUGUACUGUUGUCCCAGGUGUAAAAUUAAAGUGAAAGAUGUAAGAAAACUAAUCAAUCAUCUUAGACAUGUGCAUGCAUUAUCUGAUGGACAGGAUUACACAAUUAUUUGCGGUCAAAACCUUUGCCAACGGACAUACCAUAACUUUAAUUCAUAUGCCAGACAUCUCAGGAGAGACCAUCCUGAUACUCAAAGCUUAAAUACCAAUUUCACUGAGACUUUGCCGGACUUGUCACCACCAUCAUGCUCUAAUGCUGAUGAUUGUUCUGAAACUGAUAUGGACAUUUCAGAAGACAGAACUUAUAACUAUGAAAAGUGCGCGGCAGAAUUUGCUGCUAAAAUGUACUCAUCUUCCAACUGCACUCUUGCUGAUGUUCAAAGAAACAUGACAUGCUCUAAAGAGUUACUCGGCAGGGUAUUGGAUAGGUUGCAAGAAAAGACUGUAUCUGUACUUAAUAGUCAUGAUAUGCUUUGUAAUGAUCCAGAUGUCCAAAGUUUGAUGGAGGAAUGAAAGUGGGAGGAAUAUGUUUGAUGGAUUAGAUACCACCUACAAAAUGAACAAAUAUUUUUCAGAAAAUCUGUCUCUGGUGAAGCCAAAAGAAGUUUUCUUGGGAUAUCGAAGUGACACAGAACGAAAACAGGGUGUAUUAAAACAAGCUCUAAUAGCAGAUAAAUUUCAGUACAUAUCAAUUAUUGAUACCCUCAGGUUUCUAUUUGAAAAUGAACAAAUGCAGGAGCUUUGUUGUCAAACCAAUAAAAGUAGUGAUGCUAAAAUGUCUGAUUACUGUGAUGGUAUUCGAUUCAGAGAUAAUGAAUUCUACAACAAAUUUCCAAAAGCUUUACAAAUACAACUUUAUUUUGAUGAUUUAGAAACAACAAACCCUCUUGGGUCCAAAACCAAGGUGCAUAAAUUGGGUGCUGUGUAUUUUUGCCUCAGGAACAUACCUGCUCGUUUUAACUCUUCUCUUGAAAAUUUUCAUUUAUGUUUACUUUUCAAUUCCAUAGACAGGGAGGUUUAUGGGUUUAACUCAAUAUUCAAACCUUUGUUAGAGGAUUUAAACAUUCUUGAAACAAGAGGGGUGGAAGUACAGAUACAUGGGAAAAACUCUUUAUUACAUGGUACAUUAUGCUUAUUUACCGCAGAUAAUUUGGCCUGUCAUUCAGUGGGGGGUUUCCUUGAAGGUUUUUCAGCCAAUAGGUUCUGCCAUAUAUGCCUGGUGCAUAAACAAAAUGCCCAACAUAUAUUUAAUGAUGAUCUCGUAGAAUUACGUAAUAGAGACAAUUACAGUCAACAUGUUGAAUUUAACAAUCCUCCUUUAACCAGCAUUAAAGAAGACUCUUGUCUUAACUCUUUGAAUUUUUUUCAUAUCACUGAAAAUGUUUGUGGCGACGUGAUGCAUGACGUGUUGGAGGGAGUAGGCCCGCUGGAAUUGAAACUUAUGCUAAGACAUUUUGUAUAUGAUGAACAACUAUUCACAGAAGACCAGCUUAACAGCCGGAUAGCUGGCUUCGACUAUGGUUUAAACAAUAUGAAAAGCAAACCUAGUGCCAUUAUUCAUUUAAGAACAUCAGAGAAUCCCAUUAGGCAAAAUGCAAGUCAG